AUGUUCAGCCGGUCGGGAUACCAGGCCCUUCCCUUGGGAGAUUUUGACCGCUUCCAGCAGUCCAGCAUCGGGCUCUACGGUGCCCAGAAGGGCUUCUUCUCCUUCGGAUCCAAGCAAGACCCUCUGGGGCCAGCUGGGAAUACUGCAGAUUCCUCCCAGGGUUGGCUAUCCUGGAUCUGCCAUGGGAUUAUCACCUCCUUGGUCUUCUUGCUGAUGGUUGUCACCUUCCCCAUCUCAGGAUGGUUUGCCUUGAAGAUCGUGCCCACCUACGAGCGAAUUAUCAUCUUCCGCCUGGGCCGAAUCCGGGCGCCGCAGGGACCCGGCAUGGUCUUGCUGCUGCCCUUCAUCGAUCACUGGCAGCGAGUGGACCUGAGGACGAGGGCCUUCAACGUGCCCCCCUGCAAGGUGACCUCCAAGGACGGGGCGGUCAUCUCCAUGGGUGCCGACGUCCAAUUCCGGGUGUGGGACCCCGUGCUGUCCGUCAUGAUGGUGAAAGACCUCAUCGCGGCCACCCGGAUGACGGCGCAGAACGCCAUGACCAAGACCUUGGUGAAGAAGAGCCUCCGCGAGAUCCAGGUGGAGAAGCUGAGGAUCGGGGAGCAGCUGCUGCUGGAGAUUAACGACAUGACCAAGUCCUGGGGCCUGGAGGUGGACCGGGUGGAGCUGAGCAUGGAGGCCGUGCUGCAGCCACCCCGGGAGAACCUGGUCACCAUGCCACCCGUGCCCGGGCUGGAGGGGCUGGAGGGCACCAUUGGGCAGCUGGCUGCCCAUUUCUUCAGCAACACCCUGGCUCUGGCGGGCAGUGGGACCGGCGCUCCGGAGGCAGCAGACAGCGUGGAGACGGUGAACGAGGUGGAGCCUCCCACCGCUCCCCUCCUUGCCGCCACCAGCAGCGCCCGGAGGAAGCCCAGCGUGGACGAGCUGCUCUCGGCGGUGGAGCCCGUCCUCUCCGAGGCCCUGGUCGGCCAGGUGGGAGCAUCCUACCAGGUCAACAUCGCCCUGCCCAGCGGCACCCAGAGCACCUACUUCAUAGACCUCUCCUCAGGCAGCGGGCGAGCUGGCCGCGGCGUACCUGAGCGCAGCCCUGACGUCAUUCUGGAGGUGGCAGAGAAAGACCUGCAGGACCUCUUCUUGGGCAACCUGCGCCCCUUGAGUGCCUACAUGAGCGGGAGGCUGCAGGUGAAAGGCGACCUGCACCUUGCCCUGAAGCUGGAGGAGCUCGUCAAGGCGAUGAAGCAAC